AUUGAUUUUAUUUUCAGGACACCUCUUAUAUAACGUGUUGUUUUGUGAAAAAUAAGAAAGAAAAAUGUGCGGCAUUUUCGCGUAUAUCAAUUAUUUGACCCCGCGCACCCGACGGGAAGUGUUGGAUUUUCUCAUCAAAGGUCUGCAAAGACUCGAAUAUCGAGGCUAUGAUUCCGCUGGUGUCGCCAUCGACGGUGAUGAAUGUCCCAGCGUGCUGAAGCAGACGGGCAAGGUGAAGGCCCUGGAGGACCUCAUCACCGACCAGGCCGCCACCCUAGGCAUGGACACGCUGCACGAUGUGCACGUGGGCAUCGCCCACACCCGCUGGGCCACACACGGAGCACCCUCGCCCACCAACGCCCACCCGCAACGCUCGGACGUCGGCAACGGGUUCCUCGUCGUCCACAACGGCAUCCUCACCAACUACAAGGACGUCAAGAAGUACCUCAUCACCAAGGGCUACUCCUUCGAGUCGGAAACCGACACGGAAGUCAUCGGCAAGCUCUGUCAUCACCUGCAUCGCAAACACCCCGACUACUCGUUUCGCGAACUCGUGGAGCAGGCCAUUUUGCAGCUCGAAGGCGCCUUCGCGGUCUGCAUCAAAAGCAAGUACUUUCCGGGCGAAUGCGUGGCGACGCGACGUGGCAGUCCGCUGCUCGUGGGCAUCAAGUCCAAGGACUCGAGGUACGCCACGGCGGACUUUAUCCCGAUCGUGUACUCGAAAGACAGUCGGCCGAGGUCUGCGUCGGGCUCUGUGCUCGUCAAGCGCAACGAGUCCACGUCGGAGCUGCUGCUGCCGGAGACCGGGACUGCGGAGAUUGAGUACUUUUUCGCGUCGGACGCGAGUGCCAUCGUGGACCACACCAAGAGGGUUAUUUACCUCGAGGACGACGACGUGGCCUUUGUGCGGGAUGGCUGUCUCAGCAUUCACAGGCUGAGCAGGAACGCUGAUGGGGGACCCGUGGACUUGGGCCCGACGUCCCGAGAAAUCACAACCCUCAAGCUGGAAAUACAAGAAAUCAUGAAGGGAAAGUUCUCGUCUUUCAUGCAAAAGGAGAUCUUUGAGCAACCCGAGUCCAUUUUCAACACCAUGCGAGGAAGGGUGAAUUUCGAAAAGGGCACCGUGACCCUGGGUGGGGUCAAGGAUUACAUCCCCGAGAUCAAGCGCUGCCGGAGGCUGUUGCUGAUUGCUUGUGGUACCUCGUACCACUCAGCCAUUGCCACCAGACAGUUGCUGGAAGAGCUGACGGAGCUGCCUGUCAUGGUGGACCUGGCCUCGGACUUCCUGGACCGCAACACGCCCAUCUUCCGCGACGACGUCUGCUUCUUCAUCUCCCAGUCCGGCGAAACGGCGGACACUCUGAUCGCAUUGCGUUACUGCAAGGCCCGCGGGGCCCUGGUCAUCGGCAUCACCAAUACCGUGGGUUCCAGCAUUUGCAGGGAGUCCAUUUGCGGAGUGCACAUCAACGCCGGGCCGGAGAUCGGAGUGGCGUCCACCAAGGCCUACACGUCUCAAUUCGUGUCCCUGGUCAUGUUCGCCUUGGUCAUCUCCGAGGACCGCAUUUCGUCGAACCCGAGGCGCAUGGAGAUCAUCAGGGCGUUGCGAGACUUGCCGCAGCAGGUGCAGCAAGUGCUGGACCUGGAUGACCAGGUGCAGGAAUUGGCCAAGGAGUUGCGCUUGCAGAAGAGCAUGCUCAUCAUGGGCCGCGGAUACAACUUUGCCACGUGCCUCGAGGGUGCACUCAAGGUGAAGGAAAUCACGUACAUGCACAGCGAAGGCGUGUUGGCCGGCGAGCUGAAGCACGGUCCCCUGGCCCUGGUGGACCACGACAUGCCGAUCGUGAUGGUUGUCAUGCGUGACCCGGUGUACGCGAAAUGCGUGAAUGCCCUGCAGCAAGUGACUGCUCGCGAAGGUCGUCCGAUCAUCAUCUGCGAAAAGGGAGACGAGGAGACCAAGAUGUUUGCCAAGGCCGCGUUCGAGAUCCCGUCGACCGUCGACUGUUUGCAGGGCAUCUUGUCCAUCAUUCCGCUCCAAUUGCUCAGCUAUCACAUCGCCAUCUUGCGCGGAUGCAACGUCGACUGCCCGCGCAAUCUCGCCAAGUCCGUCACGGUCGAGUGAGGAGAAUAAUCGAGGACAAUAAUCACGCGUCUUGAGAAGGCCGAAUAUUCAUGAUGACAGUCACUAAUAUACGGAAUAUAUGAUAUACGAGGGUUGGUUCAUAUAAGUUCUGAGACUUUUUGAAGUACUGUACACAUCCAACGUAGUUUCAAUAACAAUUUUGAAGAAAUUCACUCGCAUAGCCCCGUCGUUUG